AAGUUUCAAUAACUAUUCAUUCUUGAUGUUUAACUAGUUUUAAACUACCUGAAUGUCAUACCGAUUAUUAUACAUAUUCAAAGUAUUAAUUAGUAUAACGUAAUCAAGUAAUAUAUAAAAUUAAUCAGCAUUUAAUGUGUGACAAAAUAAUAUAAAAUUCAUAAAAGAUGAAAGUAAUGAAUUGGAUCGCGACAUAAUUAGGCUACCUACGUGCAUAUAGCAUAACCUGAAAUUCUAUGUUGUGAAUCUAUUAAAAAAUGAUAAGAACAAAUUUGUAUUAGAUCAAAAGAAAAUUCAAUUAAAUCAAUAAUGGCUGGAUCUGCAUUAAGACGUCUUAUGGCAGAAUAUAAACAAUUGACAUUGAAUCCACCUGAAGGUAUCAUAGCUGGACCCAUAAAUGAGGAAAAUUUUUUUGAAUGGGAAGCUUUAAUAACUGGCCCAGAAGGUACUUGCUUUGAAGGAGGUGUAUUUCCAGCAAAACUAGUAUUUCCUCCAGAUUAUCCGUUAAGUCCACCAAAAAUGCAAUUUACUUGUGAAAUGUUUCACCCUAAUAUUUAUUCUGAUGGCCGAGUUUGUAUAUCAAUUCUUCAUGCUCCUGGCGAUGAUCCUAUGGGAUAUGAAUCAAGUGCAGAGAGAUGGUCACCUGUGCAAAGUGUAGAAAAAAUUUUGCUAUCCGUAGUUAGCAUGUUGGCAGAACCAAAUGAUGAAAGUGGAGCCAAUGUAGAUGCUGCAAAAAUGUGGCGUGAAAAUAGAGAAGAAUUUAAUAGAAUAGCAGAAAAAAUUGUUCGAAGAACACUUGGAAUUCCGACUUAGUUUCAUCGUUUAAUAUUGUUAUGUACUUUUAAAAUAUAAUUUAAAAAAACGAAG